UGAAGAAUUGCCCUCAACACAACGAAGUGAAAUAGUUGAAAGGACUAUUAAAAACAAGCAAGUGAGAAAGAAGAAAAAGCGAAAGAGGAAAAGGAAAUAAAAAGAGGAAGAACUCAUUAACUGGUGCAAGAAGUGUUGCAACAGUCAGCCAAAAUUGGGAUAUGUCCUGUUUACUCAACUCUUCUACAGAGGACCCGAAGUAUGUUAGACCUCCUCAAGUUCCAAACUCUAUGGGACCAAAGUUUGUAAGGAGAAAAACAGAAAAGCAGAAGUAUCUUAUAGCAAUUUACCGUUGCAUACCUGGGUACAAGUUGCAUAGUCCUCGUAGUCGAACAUUGGGGUGCCAGAAUGAAAAAUGGGUAGGUAGGCUACCCAUCUGCUUACCCAGAAAAAAAAAAUAUGGUUGCAUUAAUGCUGGGUGUGAACAUGACUGCAGAGAAGUGAAUGGUAAACCUCAAUGUUUUUGCUUCAAAGGAUUCAAUCAGAAUGGAAAAUCAUGUAUAGACAAAAAUGAAUGCAGUAAGAACAACGGAGGAUGUCAAAAUACAUGUCACAAUACCCCUGGCUCAUUCUACUGCAGUUGUGAGACAGGGUACAGACUGGCAGAUGACCGCACCACAUGUGUAGAUAUAAAUGAGUGCUUGUUACGGAACGGACAUGGACCGUGCCAGGGACAGUGUGACAAUGUGGAGGGUGGCUACCAAUGCUCCUGUGAGGGCGUACCUGGCACUCGGCUAGCUGAGGACAACACCAGCUGUGAGGACAUAGAUGAGUGCAGUGAUCAAGGCCACCUCCUAGGCUGCUCACAUUCAUGCAUCAACACGCUUGGCUCUGCCUUCUGUCUCUGUCCGACGGGAUACCAGCUGGACUCUGACUGGAAGACUUGUAAAGACAUAAACGAAUGUGAGGAACAAAAUCAUCUGUGUGAAACAAAUUGCAUCAAUACUCCAGGAUCUUUUCAUUGUGGACAAGGCUGUGGUGAUGGGUACCAUAGUGUACAAGGAACAUGUGAGGAUGUUGAUGAAUGUGCUACUAACGCGACUCAAUGCUCCCAUGGAUGUACAAAUACACUAGGGUCCUACACAUGCUCCUGUCUACCAGGUUUCAUGCUGGACAGUGAUGACAGAACAUGCAUAGACAUAGAUGAGUGCUUGGAAUAUGCGGACAGUUACUUGUGUUCCCAUGUUUGCGAAAACACAAUCGGCAGUUACAAAUGUGUCUGCCCAGGAGAUCAUGAACUCUCCAAUGAUCACAGGACAUGCCAUCCUAAAGAGGAUGAGUGCCAAAAAAAGAGUUGCUCUCAAGAUUGCAUAUUUGAAAACGGAGAAGCCAUUUGUACUUGUGAUGAAGGAUACGUCUUGGAAAAUGGAACAACAUGUGUGGACAUUGAUGAAUGUGAACAAGGGAUUUCAGGAUGCUCUCACAAUUGCAUAAAUGAAGAGGGAUCAUACAUAUGCUCUUGCCCUUCAGGAUUAUCUUUACUGUCUGACAGAAAAACAUGUGUUGAAAAAAAUAAGCACGCUUGCCCAAAAGGUUAUGAGAUGAUAGAUUCCAACUGUGAAGAUGUAAAUGAGUGUACAAAGAAUCCUUGCUCUCAAAUAUGUGAAAAUAAUAUUGGUAGUUAUGAAUGUCACUGUAAUACAGGAUUUUAUAUUAGUGAAGAUCAGACAACAUGUGUAGAUAUUGAUGAAUGUGACCAAGAAAAUGACUGCGCUGUUGGCCUAUGUAUCAACAAUGAAGGAAGCUACUCAUGUAAGUGUUCCCCAGGAUAUAAUACAAAUAACGUUACCGGAAAAUGUGAAGAUAUCGAUGAAUGCAGCUUUACUGUUGAUGAGGAGUCAACUAUUUGUUCUCACUCUUGUGUUAAUUCAUUGGGUAGUUUUCACUGUGAAUGUCCAAUAGGAUUUGUACUUGGGGGAGAUUCAAGAACUUGUGAAGAUAUUGAUGAAUGCCUGGAAAACAAUGAGAUCAAUUCAAGAUGCUCCCAUGAUUGCAUUAAUGAUAUUGGGAGUUAUCACUGUGGAUGCCCCCCAGGCCAUAUCUUGAAGGAGGACAAUCAUUUAUGCUUUGAAGUUCAAAUGUGUGACCUUAAUAAUGGAGGAUGUUCUCAUAUUUGUAUUCAAGAUGGUGGAUAUUCCUUUUGUGAAUGUCCAGAGCAUUUUACUCUAUCCAGUGAUAAUGUAACGUGUUUGGCAUUGCACUGUUCAGAGAACAAUGGCGGUUGUUCACAGGUCUGUAAUCAAACCACUGGUCUUUGUUCUUGUCACAGGGGAUUUACUUUGGAGUCAAAUUCAAAACAAUGUAUCGAUACAAAUGAAUGUUUGUACGAUAAUGGCCAUUGUUCCCAACAAUGUGUGAAUACUGAAGGUUCCUAUCAUUGUGUCUGUGAUCCUGGAUAUGAAAUGGACAUUGUAUCUCAGAAUUGCAAUGAUAUAAAUGAAUGCACAAAAAAUACCUCAGUUUGUGAUCAAUUGUGUGUAAAUUCAGAAGGUUCUUUUAGUUGUGGGUGUUUUAAAGGUUAUGUGUUGGCCGAUGAUAAAAUUAGCUGCUCAGAUGUCAAUGAAUGUUUGGAAGAGUCUAAGUGCAGCCAACUUUGCAUGAAUACAGAAGGAAGCUUCAAGUGUGGAUGCAAGCAAGGAUUCAGUCUAUCUUCUGACAUGAAAUCUUGUGAAGAUAUUGAUGAAUGUUUCCUGAAUAUGUCUGACUGCAAUCAAAUUUGUAAGAACUCUGAAGGAGGAUAUUCUUGUGAGUGCAGAAAAGGGUUUAAGCUGAUCAAUGAAUCAUAUUGCAUUGAAGACUUAAAGGACACAAUCAAACAAGAGGGAUGUGAACACGGAUAUAAAGUUUUGGGGGACAGCAACAACACGUGUUGUUGCAAGAGUGGAUUUGUUCUCUUUAAUGAAUUCCAAUGUGUGAGAGUCGAAGAUUGUAUAACAACCGAUGGAUGCAGUGUAAGUACACUUGGAUUGCACCUUUGCCACUCUUCAGAACAGACAUCUUAUGAGACAAAAAAUGUCACAUCACGAGGAUGUAAGCCAUUUUCUCAGAACGAAAGAACACUGAAGACUGAUUGCGAGUCUACAACUGAACUGUACCCUGAGGGCACAAGAUGCCACAUCAGCUGUAGAGCUGGCUAUGUGCUUGUGGGGUCCAACACCAGAGUCUGCCUAGACAACGGUUCGUGGUCAGGUCAAACUACUCAUUGUCAAGCUCAAAUUCGACCAUACAUAAAUUGCCCUACUCCUCUUAGAGUAAACCUGCCUCUUGGUCAAAAUAGUACAUUCGUAAAAAUAAUCAAGCCAAGAUCCAACAUGGAUUGGGACAAGCACAUAAGUUCUGUUCCUGGCUGGGGGAAACAGCUACAAGCCUUGCUUCAGUUUGGAACUACCACAGUUCAGUUCACAGCCAGCAGUCCUACAUCCCCUUAUAUUGCUAGGUGCAAUGUCUCCGUUUAUGUCAGAGAUGCAGAGAAGCCCCAAAUCAAGUACUGCCCUGAUGACAUUGAGGUAAUACAAUUGCCUCAUCAAAAGAAAACUCCAGUGACAUGGGUAGAACCUUUAAUAACAGACAACGUUCAUGUGGCACAUGUUUUUCAAUCAGAGAAACCUGGAGUUUUUCUGAGAAAAGGGUCACAUGUUAUAAACUACAUAGCUGCUGAUUCUUCUGGCAACAUUGCUUCCUGUCAGUUUACAAUUACGGUGACAGGUGCGAAUGAAAUAGAAAAUGAACCAUGAAAACAAUUCGAGUCUGCUAAAAACUGAUCUUCAAAUAUAACACUGCCUUCUUCAUGUAAUGAAUGAGCAAAUGUUUACUAAUUAAAAUUAUUUAAUUUUUA